UGUAUUUUUAUCUGACGUGUCUAUAUCCUUCAAUAAUUAUGCCAGUUCCAAGCCGUUCUCGUGUUUAUCCUGAUAUAAAUAUAAAUAAGCCGCGUGAAUACUGGGAUUAUGAAUGCCAUCAAAUUGAAUGGGGAAAUAUUGAUGAUUAUCAAUUAGUUCGUAAGCUUGGACGUGGUAAAUAUUCCGAGGUUUUUGAAGGAAUUAAGGUGCCAACUGAAGAGAAAGUCGUCAUCAAAAUUCUUAAGCCUGUGAAAAAGAAGAAAAUUAAACGUGAAAUUAAGAUUUUGGAAAAUCUUAGAGGCGGUGUCAAUGUUAUAUCACUUUUGGAUGUGGUCAAAGAUCCAGUUUCAAGAACACCUUCGCUCGUUUUUGAAUACAUCAAUAACACUGAUUUUAAGCAAUUGUAUCAGACGCUUUCUGACUACGAAAUUAGAUAUUAUCUUUUUGAGUUAUUGAAGGCAUUAGACUAUUGUCAUUCUAUGGGAAUCAUGCACAGAGAUGUUAAGCCGCACAAUGUGAUGAUUGACCAUGAAAAACGGCAGCUUUCGCUCAUAGACUGGGGCCUUGCUGAGUACUUCAAAGGGCCAGAGCUUCUAGUCGAUUAUCAGUGUUAUGAUUAUUCUUUGGAUAUGUGGUCAUUAGGAUGUAUGGUUGCGUCUAUGAUUUUUAGGAAGGAGCCAUUUUUCCAUGGACAUGACAAUUAUGAUCAGUUGGUGCGAAUUGCAAAAGUGUUGGGAACGGACGAGUUGUUUGAAUAUAUUGACAAAUACCAGAUUGAGCUUGAUCCACGCUUUAAUGAUUUGUUGGGAAGGCAUUCUCGAAAACGUUGGGAACGGUUUGUUCAUUCUGAAAAUCAACAUUUGGUUACGCCCGAAGCAAUUGAUUUUCUUGACAAACUUUUGCGAUAUGAUCACCAGGAUCGGCUUACUGCUAGUGAGGCAAUGGAGCAUCCGUUUUUCUAUCCUGUUGUAGAGGAACAUAGGAAAAAGAUGAUUUCUGCUACAACAUUCGUGCCUUGCUUCUGUGGCUUCCCCGUCACCUAAUGAUCUUGGUAUAAGUGGUAGUUCAAUAGUUGGUAGUGCACAAGUGCUCAAUG